GAAUGGUGUGGACACACCCAUCCAGGAGAUAAUGAGGACAGUGAUGGUGAGGGGCUAGGUGACAUGACAGCAGGAGGCCCCAAAGCUGCCAGGAGCCCCUCCAGCUGGGAGGCACGAUGGGUACAGCAGCCAGAUCCCGUCAUCUGGCUCCUGUCAUCUGGACCUAAAGUGGCCAAACAGGUUUUCCAGGUGGCAGCUGAGCUCCUACAGCGCCGGGAACACUUUGUUCCUAGUAGCGUCCAGGACGGCUGUGUUCACAAGCCAGGUUCAACGUGCGAUGGGAGCCUGACAAGGAGGGCGUAUCCUUCAUGUGUCCCCAAGCGUGACCCGGAGCACUUCAGAGAAGAAAGUCAUCCUCUGUCGGGUUAAACAGGGCUGUGU